AUGUACAAGAAAUUUUUGUGGUUUUUCCUUUGUGUGUCAUUCAUCAAAGCUGACUUUCUGGAUGAAACCCUAAAUGGAUGCGAAGGCAACUUCGAUUGUGCAGAACAAGCAAUUAUUAAAACCAUUGACGAAUAUGACAGCAAACCGACGGUCUCGUUUCUUCAAGAUUUUGUUGUUCUGGAGAAAACGAACGAGGUUCAACUUACUCCAAAAUCCCAAGAAGGAGUGUUCGAAAGAGUCCUACGGUACUUUAUGAACCAUGAGAUCAGAAUUAAAUUUCCGUCUACUGAACUCGAAGCAAGAGAACUUAUAGUUGAGGCAAGAAAGACAAAACUUCGUAAGAUCUUGCUGCCAAUACUUCUCCUAUUGAAGUUCAAGACUUUGAUCCUUAUCCCAGCAGCACUGUUUGCUCUUGCGCUGGUAGCGUUUAAGGGUUUAGGAGCAGGAUUUUCAGCAUUGCUUAUAUCUGGCGCUGUGGCGUUACGAAGUUUUCUGAGUCAUCCGUCGUCAAGCAGUUCAACGUACACGUACGAAGUUGUUCCACAACCUGUAGCUCCACAUUGGAGCAGAGCUGGUGACACAGGGCACGAAGGAUGGAAUGCUAUUAUUCCAGGAUACCAAGUUGCAGCGAAACCUGUAUAAUAUUUUACCAAA